UCCUCUGUGGUCUCGCUGGUCAUAGGUUGGUUUGGAGUCAGUCAUGUUUCGAAAGGCAUUUUUCGUCUGUUACAUGAAGGUGGACUGGGAUGCGUUCAGGUCAAAAAUAUGUCAUAUGGACGCAAUGAUCCGCCGGUGCCCUUUCCUGACUGUUGUGCCCAGUGUUUGCCUGCAGCUAGCUAAGAAGUCAUCAUUGGUGAGCUAUGCUCAAAAGUGUCCUGUGAUGAUGGACCUGGCCUCCAGUCCUCUGGCCAGAGCUCUGUCUUCUUCAUCUUUUGUAACCAAAGACACUCUAACAAAUGAUGAUCAGAAGCAUGAAGACAGUUUAACCCCAGACUAUGUAGCACCACCUGCUGGCCAGGCUGUUGGCUCCAAAUGCCCUUUUCUGGCUGCAGAAAUGGUGCAGAAUAACACCAGGGUAGUACGAAAGGCCAGCAUGGAGCUGCAAGAAGAUGUCCAGGGGUUGCACUCUGUCCACACGGGUAAACAAUCACACAGCACACCUGCAAUUGGAUACCCGUACAGGAAAACAGAUGUAGAUUUAUUGCUCGUGGAUCUUAUCAGGGGAGACAAGGCCAACACAGUGACACCUAAAAGCCUUUUCAAACACAUAUCUUCCAAAGUGUCUCACCUGCUAAAGGAUAAUCUGUCUGACACUGUCACCUUCGAGUAUGACAGGUUUUUUGAAAAGAAGAUUGAAAGCAAGAAGACCGAUCACACAUACAGGGUUUUUAAGACAGUCAACCGGCAUGCCUUCUCAUUCCCCAUGGCAGACCACUACUCAGAGUCUUUUCAGGCAAAAAAAGAUGUAUCCGUGUGGUGCAGCAAUGACUAUCUCGGCAUGAGCCGUCACCCCAAAGUCACUCAGGCUAUCAUGGACACAUUACAAAAGCAUGGUUCUGGUGCAGGAGGAACACGAAACAUUUCAGGAACAAGCAAAUUCCACGUGGAACUUGAAUAUGAGCUUGCUGACCUGCAUGGCAAGGAUGCUGCGCUGCUGUUUACUUCCUGCUUUGUAGCUAAUGACUCCACAUUGUUUACACUGGCAAAAAUGCUACCAGGUUGUGAAAUCUACUCUGACGCUGGCAACCAUGCCUCAAUGAUCCAGGGUAUAAGAAACAGCGGAGUCAAGAAGUUUAUCUUCCGUCACAAUGACGUAAGCCACCUUCAAGAGCUGCUAGAGAAGUCAGACCCUUCCACUCCAAAGAUUGUUGCCUUUGAGACAGUGCAUUCAAUGGACGGAGCUGUGUGCCCACUCGAACAGAUGUGUGAUAUUGCCCACAAGUUUGGUGCCAUUACCUUUGUGGAUGAAGUUCAUGCUGUGGGCUUGUAUGGGCCCAGAGGAGGAGGCAUUGGGGACAGAGACAGAAUCAUGCACAAGAUGGACAUCAUCUCUGGUACUCUUGGCAAGGCAUUUGGCUGUGUGGGCGGCUACAUUGCCAGCACCAGCGCCCUUGUAGACACAGUGCGCUCCUACACUGCAGGCUUCAUCUUUACCACGUCCCUGCCCCCCAUGCUGCUGGCGGGGGCAAAGGAGUCCAUCAGGGUCCUGAAAAGUGAGGAGGGCCAGGUUCUGAGGAGGAAACAUCAGAGGAGUGUCAAGCUUCUCCGACAAAUGCUAAUGGACUCAGGCCUUCCUGUGGUCCACUGCCCAAGCCACAUUAUUCCUGUUCGGGUGGCAGAUGCAGAGAAGAACACUGAGAUCUGUGACAUCAUGAUGUCUCACUACAACAUCUACGUCCAGGCAAUCAACUACCCCACUGUUGCUAAAGGAGAGGAGCUGCUGCGCAUCGCCCCCACACCACACCACACCCCACAAAUGAUGUUCUACUUUGUUGACUGUCUUGUGAAAACAUGGAAGGAGGUGGAUUUGGAGCUGAGGCCACACUCCUCAGCAGAGUGUGACUUCUGCCAGCAGCCUCUUCACUUUGAGCUGAUGAGCGAAAGGGAGAAGUCCUAUUUCACAGGUCUCAGUCACAUGAUGCCAGCAGUAGCCUGAUAUCACAUAUAACACUAAAUCCCAGCACAUCCUACUUUUUAGUAUUUUAGCUAUUUAUUGAAACUGAAUGUAUCACUCUGCUUAAAAUGUGUCACGUGUUAAUUUACUUGUGUGUGUUCACUUUUAAAAUUUUGAUAAUGACUUAAACAUGACUUGGUUUUAUUUAUGUGUGAAAAUGUGGUUUUCAGGAAUAACAUAAACCACAACUUCAUAAAUUAAUAUGAAUAUACUUGUUCUUGGUACAUUUGAGCAUCAUUUGCAUUAUACAUAUACCAAUAUAUCAAUCAAACCAAAGCCAAACAUUUAUACAUUUUAUAUGCCUCGUAAUACACUCUACGCAUAUUACUAGGUGGGUUGUCUUACUGAUGUGUUGCAAAUGUACAUAAUGUGUGUUAUGCAAAGAUCUAAUCUGAAUAAUCUAUCCGAGCAUUUCAUGCUAGAAUAAUCAUCCAAGUAUGAAUGGAGAUGGCAGAUGGGAGGAAAAAUCACCCACUCACUCCAAGCCAGUUAUACAGAGAACACACCAUAUCUCAGAUCACUAAUAUGGUUGCAAUCAUGUCUUUUAAGGCUGAUACAGUUUUAUCCUCAAAAUCCAUUAUGACAUACAGGAUGUUUGCUACACAUACAUGUGCUAUGUAUAUGUAAUCUCCUGGUAUUUGCCUGUCACAUCAGUUAUAACAUGUUAUGGAUGGUGGCUUUGCUUUCUGAUAGUAUCAAUAAAAGGUCAGUUAAAGGGUGAUAAU